UGCUACCUCUUAUACGUUCACUCUGUUGCGAAAAAAAAAACAAAUCUAUCAAAAUGAAAGCCUACUCAGUAGUCGGAAAUAAAAAGAAAGUGACAAUGGAUACAAACGCGACACGGCUCAAAGUCGUCGGAAAUAAUUGUAUCAUCAGAGUCUCUAUCAACCAAGGAGAGAUCGAAGUGAUCGGAAAUGACUGCACUAUCGAAGUGGCGGACAACUAUGGAGCGAUCAAUCUCGUCGGCGCUAACGGUGGCGUCACAAUCAAGAGGCGACGGAACGGCGACAAGGUGCAGCUCGUCGGACAUCGCUGCCGUCUCGUGGUAGACGGGCAGAGGAAGUCGACAGGGCUGUGUGAUGCUCAAAUGUCCCCGUUGACGCCGUUCAGCAAGGAGUUGGACGAUGUGAUUGAAUCGAUCUUCACAUUCGUGAUGCGAUGAUCGAUCCAUUAUGUUUACAUAUGAAUUUGCAUACGGAUGAAAUGCUUUUACUAUCACUGGAUAUAGUGCUGUGAUGUCAUAUUGCGGUUAUUGUUACUAGAGAGAUAAACAAGGGACGUUUUUGUGUGUUGAUAAAUAAUAUUGUGAUAACCACAAGGAUUUCAAAGAAAAUAUGAGUAUGUGAUGAUCUCCUUACAUGGAGAUGAUCGACAGGGCAUUAAAGACGUCGCAAAAGAAAAAUAGGGAGCCGUUUCAGUCCAACUAAUAGGAAAUUUCUACGGAUUCCUAAAGGAAGACUCAAUUUUAAAGGCGGUUAUUAGCAUACUAAAUUUAAUAUGUUGGCGUGAAUAUAGAAGAAGAAAUGAAAUUAAGGAGGAGCAAGAUGCUCUGUACAUUCUUAAGAUCUUGACUAUUAUUAUGCAGAUCAAUUGAUAUCAUUACGGAAACAAUCAGCUUUUCGCGGAAGUCGGAUGUUUUUCCCCUUUAUAAUUGGACGCAGCGUGUUUUUAUUUAAUUCUAUUUGCUCCAACAUUACGGUUUACUCUAUGUAUUAACUGAACUACUGCUUUAUUGUUUGUUCUUUUAAAUAAUCUGUGUAUAUUAUAUAAAUUUGCGUAUUGUAUAAUUUGUUAAAUAAUAUAUAACGAAUUAAAGUAUUUGUUGUUUUCACUGUAAUAGACAUAAUUUUUUUACUGUUUUCAUGUUAUUGACUUA